GAAAAUAGUCAUUCGCCAGAAAAAGACUUUGAAAGUAGGACAGUCUGGGGCCCAACAAAGGUUGAACGGUCAAAAAGAAGAAUACAAAACAAAUUAAAAAAACAAUAAGAUAAAAGAAAACAUUAAAAAAGAAUUAGAUUUAAAAAAACAUUAAAUGUUUGGGAUAUAGUGUUUGACUGUCCUCUCUCUCUCUCUCUCUCUCCCCUUCUCAAAAACAGCCACCACCAGACCACACCAAACCAAAAACCCAUUCCAUCCCCAAGAACAGCUACUUCAAACCACUUUGUCCUUUUUUAUCUUCUCUCUCUUAAUUCAUAAAGAAAUAAAACUUAAAUUCAUCAUUCACACAGCAAAUUCCUUAAGCUAAAGAGAUCUUGCUCUUGAAUCCAUAUCAUGAAUCCACCUCCUUUGCUUCUUCGUUUCGUCUGUUUGCACGAUCUGUAAUUACUAAGCUCUGUAUUGGAUUGGGAAGGUGAAUUGCUACGGGAUCUCAGUUUUCUUUUUCUUUGAGCAAAUGGCUUCUGUGAGUGUUGCACCUACUUCUGGAAUACGAGAUCCAGGUGGGAAUGCAGCUGGUGUUGAUAGGUUGCCUGAUGAGAUGAAUGACAUGAAAAUUAGGGAUGACAAGGAAAUGGAAGCAACAGUUGUUGAUGGUAAUGGAACAGAGACUGGUCAUAUAAUCGUCACAACUAUUGGUGGCAAAAAUGGCCAGCCAAAACAGACUAUAAGCUAUAUGGCUGAGCGUGUUGUUGGGCAUGGAUCUUUUGGAGUAGUAUUCCAGGCUAAAUGUUUAGAGACUGGUGAAGCUGUUGCUAUCAAAAAGGUUCUACAAGAUAAAAGGUACAAGAACCGAGAGUUGCAAACCAUGCGUCUGCUGGACCAUCCAAAUGUAGUAUCUUUGAAACACUGUUUCUUUUCAACAACUGAGAAGGAUGAGCUCUAUCUUAACCUGGUACUUGAGUAUGUCCCUGAGACCGUCCAUCGGGUGAUCAAACACUACAACAAGAUGGGCCAAAGGAUGCCACUGAUAUAUGUCAAACUUUAUUUUUACCAGAUUUGUAGAGCUCUUGCUUACAUUCACAACAGUAUUGGGGUGUGCCAUAGGGAUAUAAAGCCUCAAAAUUUGUUGGUCAACCCACAUACCCACCAGCUGAAACUAUGCGACUUUGGAAGUGCAAAAGUUUUGGUGAAAGGGGAACCCAACAUAUCUUAUAUAUGUUCUAGGUACUAUCGAGCACCUGAACUUAUAUUUGGCGCUACCGAGUAUACGACAGCCAUUGACAUCUGGUCUGCUGGAUGUGUUUUAGCCGAAUUGCUGCUUGGACAGCCUCUCUUUCCUGGUGAGAGUGGAGUGGACCAGCUUGUUGAAAUUAUCAAGGUUUUGGGCACUCCAACAAGGGAGGAAAUAAAAUGCAUGAAUCCUAACUACACAGAGUUCAAAUUUCCACAGAUCAAAGCUCACCCAUGGCAUAAGAUAUUCCAUAAGCGCAUGCCCCCUGAAGCUGUGGACCUUGUCUCAAGAUUAUUGCAAUAUUCUCCAAAUCUUCGAAGUACAGCUUUGGAUGCUUUGAUCCACCCCUUCUUUGACGAGCUACGUGACCCGAACACUCGCUUACCGAAUGGACGUUUCCUUCCACCACUUUUCAACUUUAGACCUCAUGAACUGAAGGGAGUACCAGUUGAGGUGUUGGUGAAGCUAAUCCCAGAGCAUGCAAGAAAGCAGUGUGCCUUCCUUGGUUUGUGAUGUGGUGCAGUUCUUUGUAGUUAGUGUCUGCUGCUCGCAGAAAAAACAAAUAUGCUGUAGAGAAGUAGCUAGUUUCAAGUGAUCAUAUUGAAGCCGUGUCAUUUGUUAUGCAUCCUCUGUUCAUUUAUUCCUUAUUAUUAUUAUUUUUUUUUCAUCUUCUACCUCUUUGUAGAGAGCAGAUAAAAAGAAGGUUCUGCUUAUUAUGUUGUUAAGCCUCCUCAGAUAGACACUGACCCUUUAUUUUCAGUUAAGACAAGAUCAAUACAUUUAUUUUAUCAGUAUUCCAGACUACUUAAUAUUAUAUGAUAAGGAGUUCGUAUUUGACA